AUUACUGGAAAUAAAAAUAAAAUAAUAGUGAAUUAUAUUAACAACGCAUCACAAUAAAAAUUACGCCGCAUCCAAAUGACGUCCCAGAACACAAAAACAGAAGCUAGCACCAGCGGAGCCAGUUCCUCCCGACGAGAAGGAGACUACCAUCUAGUAAAGCACGAAGUCUUGUGCUCUGAAAAGCACCAAUACGAAAUCCUUGACUACCUCGGCCGAGGUACCUUCGGCCAAGUAGUAAAAUGCUGGAAGAAAGGAACCAACGAAAUAGUCGCCGUGAAGAUCCUCAAAAGUCACCCAAGCUACGCCCGCCAAGGCCAAGUAGAAAUCUCCAUCCUUUCCCGCUUGGGGAAGGAAAACGCGGAUGAAUUCAAUUUCGUCCGUGCUUACGAAUGUUUCACGCACAAAUCCCACACUUGCUUAGUAUUCGAGAUGCUGGAGCAAAACCUCUACGACUUUCUUCAAAAGAACGAAUUCGCGCCUUUGCCACUGCGCUACAUCAGACCAAUUCUUCAGCAAGUCCUCGUGACCUUGGUCAAGCUCAAGAGCCUCGGAAUAAUCCACGCAGACUUAAAACCAGAGAACAUCAUGCUAGUGGAUCCAAUUCGCCAGCCGUUCCGCGUUAAGGUAAUCGAUUUUGGAUCAGCAUCUUACUCCGCAAAAGCAGUUCGCAACACUUACUUGCAAUCAAGGUACUACCGCGCUCCAGAGAUACUCUUGGGUCUUCCUUACAGCGAAGCGAUAGACAUGUGGUCGUUGGGUUGCGUCGUCGCUGAGCUGUUCCUCGGCUGGCCACUCUUCCCCGGCCGCUCUGAGUACGACCAAAUCCGGUACAUCAGCCAGACCCAAGGAUUGCCAACAGAGGAGAUGCUGAACAACACCAGCAAAUCCAGCAAGUUCUUCUACAAGGACAAGAACAGCACGCACCCACUUUGGCGAUUGAAGACUCCGGAGGCUUACGAAGCAGAAACGGGUGCCAAGAAGUCUAAAGAAACGAGGAAGUUCAUCUUGAAUUGUUUGGACGACAUUACCCAGGUCUACACCACAAUAGGCUUGGAAGCGAGUCAGUUGUUAGCAGAGACUGCUGAUAGGCGAGAAUUCCUUGUUCUUCUGAAGAAGAUGCUCGCUAUGGACCAGCAACAUCGUGUGAAGCCCGAAGAAGCUUUGGUCCAUUCUUUUCUGACCUUAGGACACUUGGUAGAUUACGGCCACUGCGAUAAUGUCAAGGCUUCUUUGCUAGUUAUGGAGAGAUUCUUGAAACAAGGCAAUAUGGCGAAUCAACAUCAGCUACCUCCUGCACCCAAAACAUCCCCACCUUCCGUGGUUGUCAAUUUGGUUCCGUCUGUUACACUUAUGUUUAAUAACCAAUUGGCAGAAGAACCUGAGCGGCCGGUUAGAGGUCAAAAGUUCAAUUUGUACCAAUUGUUCAGCAAUAGCCAAGCUUCGCUGUUUUCACAACCAAUUCAGAUAAUUCAGCCUUUAGAACAACCGGCUCAACAAUAUCAUGUUCCAGAAACGGUCCCUAAUCCAAUCCAAUCUUGGACAGGAAAACGAAAACUUACAGACCCAUGGCAACAGCCACAGUAUGAAACGGUUCAACCAGAUGAUAGUUCCAAUUGGCAACAAGCUUGGAACAACGGCGUUAGGAGCUUCUCUGUGGUUCAUUCGCCAAAAGCGAAGAGAGCUAGAGAAAGCAAUUCUAGCUCUGGAAGACACCUGCCAACUACAUUAGGACGAUGGCAAAGUGAGAGCAGCACAUUUACUCAACAAUCUAGUGCGGUUCGUGAUAUUCCGUCGCGUGAAAUACCGGUGAUUAUACUCAGUGACAGUGAUGAUGAGCCGGAAAACCUUUCGCAGCCACGUCGCGUUGUGCAACCUCAACCAAUUCGUAUAGGUGUUUAUAGCUCGCCUAGAGCGCAGUAUCAGUCCCAAAGCCAGCUUCCUUUUCAGUUAGGUAAUAUUAAGGAUGAACGGUUGCAGUACCCGACUGAUUAUUUUCAGAAGAAGUUCGAGGUUCCGAGAGUCCAGUCUCAGCAAUUCAAUCCUGGACUUAGUGAAUACUUGGCUUCUUCGAGUCAUCCGGUGACGAAUGCUGAUCAAAUUAAUGACCACGAUUUAAUACCAAUUAUGAAUUAUCAGUUUCCGAUUGUUGGCAGGGUAAGACCAAUUCAAGAUCAACAUGAGUUUGUUCAACCUCUUGAACUUUUGAGGGAUUAUCAACAGUGGAAUAGACUUGAUACUAUAUACAGGCAAGAUCAGGUACUGGAUUUAGCAACAGAUACGAAUCUUCGUUAUAGUCAUCUAAGUUCAGGAAAUUAUUAG